ACUCCACUCAGCUCGCUCCGCUGCCGCCGCCACCACCGCCACCACCGCUUCGCAUCGCCUCAGCAGCUCAUGGGCCCCGCGCGCGCACCGCAGCGCCUCCCCUCGCUGCUCGCCGCCGCCCUCGUCCUCCUCCUCCUCCUCCUCGUCGCAGCGCCGCCGGCGGAGGCGACGCUGCACCCGGUGGACUACCUGGCGCUGCAGGCGGUGCGGCGCGCGCUCUCGGACCUCCCGGGCUCCCGCUUCUUCUCCUCCUGGGACUUCACCGCCGACCCCUGCGCCUUCGCGGGGGUCUCCUGCUCCCCCGCCUCCGCCUCGCCCGCCCGCGUCGUCGCGCUCGCGCUCGGCGACCCGCGCGCCGGCGCGCCGGGCCUCGCGGGGGCCUUCCCCGCCGCCGCGCUCGCCCGCCUCCCCGCGCUCGCCUCCCUCUCCCUCGUCCCGGGCCGCGUCACGGGCGCCCUCCCCGCCGCCGUCGCCGCCCUCCCCGCGCUCCGCUUCCUCGCCCUCCCCGACAACCUCCUCUCGGGCCCUCUCCCGCCCGCCUUCGCCCCGGGGCUCCGCACCCUCGACCUCAGCCGCAACGCCUUCUCCGGCGCGCUCCCGCCGCCGCUGCUCCGGCUCCGGGCGCUCCGCACCCUCGUCCUCUCCCACAACGCGCUCGCCGGCGGGAUCCCCGGCGGCCCCGUGCGGGCCCCGCUCGUCCACCUCGACCUCCGCGGGAACCGCCUCUCCGGCGCCGUCCCGCCGCUACCGCCCACGCUCGUGCACCUCGCGCUCGCCGGGAACCGCCUCUCGGGCCCCGUCGGCGCUGUGCUGCGGCGGCUGCCCCGGCUCGCCUUCCUCGACCUCGGCGGGAACCGGUUCUCCGGCGAGGUCCCCGGGGAGCUGCUCGCGUCGCGGAUCGGGUACCUGCAGCUCCGCCGGAACGCAUUCUCCGGGGAGCUCCGCCCGGCGGGACGCGUCGCGCCGGGCGCCACCGUGGACCUCAGCCACAACGCGCUGUCCGGCCGCGUGCCAGCCGAGCUCGCCACCGCCGGCGCGGUCUACCUCAACGGGAACCGGUUCGCGGGCGAGGUGCCGCGGGAGGUCGCGGCGGCGGCGGAGGCCGGCCGGAUGCGGGUGCUCUUCCUGCAGGACAACUUCCUGACGGGGGUCGCCGUCGGCGCCGUCCCGGCCAGCGCCGCCGUGUGCGCGCACUGGAACUGCGUCGCGCCGCCGCCGGCCGUCGUCGCCGCGUGCCCGGCGAAGGGCGGCAGGGGGCGGCGCCGCCCGCAGGCGCAGUGCGGCGGGCGGAGGGGGUGAGUGAGUUCUUGACAUGGGUUUAAGGUUUUUUCUUGGGUUUAGUGGGUGAUGGUGGUCAGGCAGGUCUCAAUGCUCAUGAGACCCACAAGUGAUUAGUAAUAAUUCUUGGUGUAUAUUUUGAUGUUAAUCCGGGGAUAUAGGGCUGUGAUUUUGCCGGUAGGACACGUGGACGGCGGAUCAUCGGGCGGGUUGCCAAUGUUAAGUGGUUGCAAAUUACAUAGGAAAAAGUUUGUGUAAAGGAAAAGUAAGAGUUAAGCUGGUUCCUGUUGUUUCGUCUCAACUGUCAGAUCAAAUGAAAACCCAAAAAGUUCGAGCACUCAAAUGUCAGGAAACAUCUGUAUUUGUCCCAUGGUUCCUAUGAAUUCAUAUAAGUUUUACUCCACAGGAUUCAGAGCAAUCUUGAUUCAUCUUGCAUCUGCUGACACUGUGUAUACACGCAACACAAGAGUUGUGCAUUUUCUUC